AUGGUCGCAAGCCCCGCGCAGAGGCGGCGGAACGGCGCAGUUGGCGCAGCGGGAGCGCACAGAGGCGCCAACCGAGCUCCGCAUUCCUCUCAACGGCGCCGCGAUGAGCGUCGCGUCGCUCAGGGAAAUGCUCCUUGUCCGCCCGCGCGGCGCGGCGCAGACUCAACCCGGUGCCGCUGCUGCCACGAAACAGUCGCAUGCGGAAGCAGAUGGUUACGCGCCGUGCCCGCUGUUUCAACCCUGGAGGGGCGCGCUUUCGCGCAUCUUCGCGUGCAAGUGGCGCAGACUAGAUUCCGCCCUCCCCCCAAGCGCCUCCUCCCCGUCCGUCACUCUGCGACUGUUCAUGUGGGCGUGCUGGGGGGAUGCGGAGUGCUGCGCUUUGAUGACGUGUUUGUGAACUCUAACGGGACUGCCUUUAACGAGAGCCACGUGUUCGCAAAGGACGCGUGCGGGCGGGGCCAGUGGACCCGGGAGGGCGGCGCAGUGAAGACGCUGAGAGAUCCGAUUUCCUUUGCGUCGGGGACCCGCGUGAGCGUGCACGAGCACCUGGUGAAUCUCCUGCCGUACGAGCAGGAGGAGGCGGAGCAGCAGGUGGAAGAGGCGGAGGAGGCGGAGAUGGCGGAGCGGGGGCUGCGGGGGACGGACUGGGUGGCGCAGGCGCGGCUGCACAACGGCAAGGAGCGGCUGCUGGAGCGCCUGCUCCCCGCGCUGUACCUGGUAGCAACUGCGCUCAUGCCCGCCGCGAGGCAGUACCCCCUGCUGCUGAGGAUCGAACACGUGAGUCCCGCUUGCGCCUAUACCAGCUCGUCCAUGCCAGCAGCGUGUGCGGCCUCUCCUCCUCCGGCCGCCCGCGCGCCCCCGACGCCCUCUGGCUGGCCCUCCGCGGCCACCACCUGCUGCCCCCCGACGGCCUCCCCAUCCUCUCCUCCGCCUGGACCCCCCGCCUCCACGCGUCUGCGCAAGCAGCCUCUUCCCCGCAACCCCCUUCCACCGGCCGCGCACCCGCUGCACCACCUCGCGGUGGGGCGGACGUUGCCGGAGGAUUGGGUGGUGGUGGUGUCGCUGCUGUGGAGCGCGCGCGUGAUGGAUCGCGGCGGUGGGGGCCUGGGCGACGGGAACAUGCGGACGGCGGCGACGUGGCACACGGAGGAGGCGAUGGAGGCGAUUGCGGGGAUGCUACGCGAGUUGUACUCAGAGGAGCGCGUGGUGGUCGACGAGGAGCAUCUGCCUUUGCGAAAAGCCAAGGCGUUGUUCUCGCAAACGAUUCUGCUGGUGGGACCCACGUCGCCUGCACUCUCGAAUCUCAUCUUCAUGCCGUUUAAUUCGACGGUUAUCGAGAUCCUAUCGUACGUGGUGAAUGGCACGUUAGAGUCUAGCAAGAGCACGGUUGAGAAUUUCCAGGGAGAUGGGAAAUCCGGUAGGAGGUUGUCCAGCCAACAGAGCACUGCCACGUGGCACUACAGGCUCUCUGAGCGGGUGGGUGUGCAUCACCUUCUGUCUGUGUGCGAUCCCGAGAGGAACCACAUGGACGCCAGCAAGAUGUGCCACGUGGACUAG